UGCGAGUUGUGACUAAAAUGCAGAACCGCCACUGACUCGUGUUUCGGCUCGACAAACUAUGUCUCAACCCUUGCAUUCCGUCGCCAAUACCACUCCCGGUUGUGGAGUGCCAAACAGCAGAUGUCUCCCAUGUUUGGGUGUUUCUGGAAAAACAGCUGUUGUGAAUUCAUGCUCUUCUCGAGGUGAUUACAGAAUUUGUUCACAUGUUAAUUUUAAAGGGCUAAAGUGUGCUUCUGUUGGAGCAUCUUUUGUGUGUGAAGCAAGGAGGAAUCCAGAUAUCUCAAGGCAAAGCAGGCAUGGUUUCUCCCGAAGCAAGAACAGACACAAUGAAGGAAAAGGCAGCUUUGAGAACUUCGAAGAAGACAUGUUAUCUUCAAAAAAUGGUCCAUUGACAUCCCUUUCUUCUUCUAACAUCUCUAAAUCCCAGGCUACUGCAGCUCCUGGACCUAAGGAGAAGGAGAUUGUUGAGCUAUUUAGGAAAGUUCAAGCUCGCUUGCAAGAGAGAGCUGCUACCAAAGUAGAAAAGAAGGCUGAAGCCUCCCAAGGGCAAGGUAGAGAUAAUGGCACUGUAGAUUCCCUCCUCAAACUAUUGAGGAAACACUCAGUUGAACAAGUAAAAAGAAGCAGUGGAAAUGUCAGGGGAAAAGAUUCAAGUUUGGAGCAAGACAGUGGCCAAUACAACGAAGCACAGAGCCUUAGGUUCUCUGAUUUGGAUAGUACUGCAAAAGAUGAUGAGGCUCGAGAAGCCAAUGGCCCAUUUGUCACCAGGCCUCCAUCAAAUUUUCAAAGAAGGUCUCCUAUUGCUCGCAUAAAAUACCAACCUGUCUCUGACGAUGUGGAGAAUGUAAAUGCAGUCCCACUAAGUAGUGAAGUUGGAGAGAAAAAUCAGGAUAAAGCAGUUCUAGAUUUGAUGCCUGCGUCUGAUUCAGAGGCCGAGUCUGAGCUGGAACCUGACUCGAAGGAUGAUAUUUUCUUCCAAGAUGUGGGGAUGGAUGAGUUGGCUGAGGAUGAUACAAAUGAUUCUGAACAAUCCUUCGUCAGUGGGAAUGGAGAUGGGAAAGAAGUGAUUCAGCAUGAGGAUUUGAGUGCACUGAAGCUGUCUGAAUUGAGGGCACUUGCGAAGUCACGUGGCCUGAAAGGAUUUUCAAAAUUGAAGAAGGGUGAACUAUUGGAAUUGCUAGGUUGAAGUUGAUUCUGAUCUCAGGUUUGCCAAGAAAAGCAAAGACAAGAGAGAGUUAAAUAAUCUUUACCAGGCUGGUGAAUUUACCAUCACUGUUAAUACUUCCAAGUUCCAGCAGUUUUGGUUCCUUUUUUAUUUCUCGAGUUUUUAGCUUAUGAAAGAAAGUCUGUAGGGGAAGGUACAAUUCACUCUUCACUCUUAUGCACUGUGAAUUUUAAAAACGCAGCAAAAUCUCACACGAGCUUUAUAAGAGCACACAACACCCCUUGAACACUUUUUAUGGGGAUGUUUGUUACAUUUUAGAAAUUUAUGAUGGUGUUUGUUACGUUUUAAUGUUUAUGCAUUAGUUUUAAAUUGGAUUAUACUUCAUGU